UAUUAGUUACUCAUUCACCAUCUUUGACAGUCUUGUGACGCUCCGCAGUUAAGUGAACAAACAAUUGUUUGGAUAUUUAUUACGUCAGUGUUGCAUUGGCACGGAUUACUAGUUAUGGAUAAGGUCGUUUUAUUUUUAGUCAUAUCAUUAUUUUUAAGUUCCAAUGCUGAUGGUAAAAGUUGGUAUCGAUAUGACACCAGUGAUCAUUAUAACGAUAGAAUAAUCUUUGAAGACUACACAGAUACGCGGAAUAAUAAUAAUUUUGGUGGAUUGGAACAUCAUCAUAGUCAGAGUGGAGUAGGCCACAAAUAUCCUAAAGAUUGGAAUCCAGAUCGAAUUUGGUUCCCGGACUCUGAUAAUGAAGACCGCGAGAUAACCACCAAAUCUACAACAGAUUUACCGCGACUGGUGACAACAAUUUCGUCAAGAGAGAAUUACGAUGAAUGCAUCAAAGGGUGCCCCACGACUUCUGAAUACAACCCUGUUUGCGGCACAAAUAGAAUUACUUAUUCCAACAUAGGACAUUUGGAAUGUGCUCGGUUAUGUGGCCUUGAUGUUAAACUGUAUCGUAAACUGCCAUGUACUACAACCGAGACUACUAUAUACCCUACCACUACAACUGAAUCAGACUCUCAACGUCGUUGCAUAGCAUCUUGUCCCACAACACCUGAGUACAAUCCUGUUUGCGGCACCAACAAUGUAACAUAUCAGAAUAUCGGUAAAUUGGAAUGUGCAAAGUAUUGUGGCAUUGAUGUAGAAUUAAAGCGAUUAAGCCCUUGCCCAAAACCAAUUACAACUCCACCACCGAAUGGAGACGAUUUCUUUAACUCGGUAGAUCAACCAUCUUGGACGAGCAACAUUGACGGAAAUAUAUUCAGACCGGCAACCAAACCACCUCACACUACUAUCACGAUAUCACAAGAUAUUUUAAAUAAUGUUUUCAAUGUACCCACACCAGAACCUAAUGAAUAUGACUUCGAUGUUCGCUUUAAAGAAUGAUUAAAAUAAUACUAUUGUAAUGUAUUCUGUAUUUUAGUUUAGCUUUAUGUUAUUUAUUAAAAACUAUGAUAUCUAAAGAAAUUAAAAUUAUG